CCCAGAGGAUGGUAGAGUCAUCAUCAGACUUCACCUUCUCCCUGGAUAACCUGUUCUUUGACAGGCCCGUGCUUCAUAAAGUGAAACCAUUAUGUCAGGAGCAGAGUGUGUGGAAACUGGAUGCUGCACCAGACAUUUCAGCAAUACCUGCGACUCAGGAGCUCCAGAAAGAGGCAGAAAUCAUGGAGUCUGCUGAUUACUCUCAGAAACCAAAGAGGUUUAUGCCCCCAUUCCGAAGACUGGACAUCAUUGUUGGACGGUGUGUCCAAAGUGAAACAGGUGAAGCGGAAAAGCAGCAGGUGUGUAAUGUUUGGAGGCCUGAAAUAUGCGUAUCUGGAUUCAGUCAGGGCUGCCGUGGUGCACCGCAGAAUUCAGGAGAAACUAGACUUUAUUGUCCAGCUGGCGCUCAACUCAAAACCCGGGUAUUUAAACCUCCCACGAGGAAGCUCAACAGCGUUUCCAUUCCAACGACGAACCAUCAAAGCAUCGGUGCGGUCGCUAUGGCGACAGAGUAUCCCCUGACCUCUUCCUCUAGCCCUUUCGGAGAGCUCAUGCGGACGGAGGGAAGCAGUGAGCCGCAACGCAACUGCUCUGUUGUUCGCCCUCUUUCCCCCAAACCUCUUCAUAUACAAGGCACAUCUGGACCAGGGAUCCUGCGUCCUGUCUCUGAAAUCCCUGUUAAAUUCAGGAGCAUCUUCAGCAACUUCCCGUACUUUAACUACGUUCAGUCCAAAGCUCUGGAUGAUGUUCUUUACAGCAGCAGGAACUUUGUAGCCUGCGCUCCCACCGGCUCCGGGAAAACGGUGCUGUUUGAGUUGGCUAUCAUUCGACUGUUAAUGGAGACGACGGAGCCUUGGCGUGAUGUCAAAGCUGUUUACAUGGCUCCCAUUAAAGCUCUUUGCAGUCAGCGAUAUGAAGACUGGAAGCAGAAAUUCGGGCCCCUGGGACUGAACUGCAAAGAACUGACCGGAGACACUGAGAUCGACGACUAUUUUGAAAUCCAGGAUGCACAUCUCAUCAUGACAACACCUGAAAAGUGGGACAGUAUGACGAGGAAGUGGAGAGAUAAUGUUUUACUGCACUCCGUCCGGCUUUUCCUGAUCGACGAGAUACACGUGGUGAAAGACGUGACCCGAGGAGCAACUCUGGAGGUGGUGGUCAGCAGAAUGAAGACCAUGCAGUCGUACCGAUCGGCUGAAGAUCCACAAUCAGAGACCUGCAUGAGAUUUGUAGCAGUAUCAGCAACCAUCCCUAACCUGCAGGAUGUGUCUGAGUGGCUGUCGGAUUAUUGGGGUCCAGCGACGUGUUUGUUGAUGGACGAGAGCCACAGACCGGUGAAACUGAGGAAAGUGGUGCUGGGAUUUCCGUGUGGAAACAACCAGAACGAAUUCAAAUUUGACCUCUCUCUCAACUACAAGAUGGCCAGCAUCAUUCAGACCUACUCUGACCAGAAACCUACACUGGUGUUUUGUUCCACGAGGAAAGGAGUUCAACAGUCUGCUGCUGUGCUCGCCAAGGACACCAGAUUCAUUAUGAGUAUUGACCACAGACAGAGGUUAAUGAAGUAUGCCAACUCUAUUCUCGAUACCAAACUCAGAGAUCUAAUCAUGUGUGGUGUGGGGUAUCACCACGCUGGAGUCAGUGUUUCAGACAGAAAACUGGUCGAAGAUGCGUUUACAGUCGGCGACUUGCCUGUCCUCUUCACUACCAGCACUUUGGCGAUGGGCGUGAACCUGCCAGCUCACCUGGUGGUGAUCAAAUCCACCAUGCACUACAUAGGUGGAGCCUGUGAGGAGUACAGCGAAGCCGACAUACUGCAGAUGAUCGGUAGAGCAGGCAGACCACAGUUUGACACAUCAGCCACUGCUGUGAUCAUGACUCGGACUCAGACUAGAGACAAGUACCUACAGUUAGUGAGUGGUUCAGAGACCAUAGAGAGCAGCUUGCACACAAACCUGGUAGAGCAUCUGAACGCUGAGAUUGUCCUUCACACCAUCUCCGAUGUCAACAUGGCUUUAGACUGGAUUCGUUCCACGUUCCUCUAUAUCCGAGCUCUGAAGAACCCCAAACACUAUGGAUUUUCUGCUGAUCUCGACAAAUGUGGAAUUGAAACCAAACUGCAAGAGCUUUGUCUAAGAAACCUGAACUCAUUGGCUUCCUUUAAUUUGAUCACAAUGGAUGAGGACAUCAACAUCAAACCUACAGAGAGCGGGAAGCUGAUGGCUCGAUAUUGUGUUGCAUUUGACACCAUGAAGCAGUUUAUGAGGGUGACUGGUACAGAAACCCUGUCUGAACUGGUUGACAUGAUAUCGAAGGUGAAGGAGUUCAGUGACGUCCAGCUGAGAGUCAGUGAGAAGAGAACCUUGAACAUUCUGAACAAGGAUAAGAACAGGGUCACUAUCCGGUAUCCGAUGGAGGGAAAGAUCAGAACCAAUGACAUGAAGGUUAACUGUUUGAUUCAGGCUCAGCUGGGCUGCAUCCCUAUUCAGGAAUUUGGACUCACUCAAGACACUGGGAAGAUUUUCAGGAGUGGAAUCAGACUCAGCAAAUGCUUGGUGGAGUUUCUCACUCAGCACUCUAAGAAGAAUUUCUCAGCCCAGCUCAAUGCCGUGAUCCUGGCCAAGUGCUUCAGAGCCAAGCUGUGGGAGGAUUCACCCUAUGUCUCCAAACAACUGGACAGGAUUGGUGUAUCUCUGGCUAAUGCGAUGGUGAAUGCAGGACUAACUUCAUUCAGCAAGAUUGAAGCCACCAAUCCUCGAGAACUGGAGCUGAUCGUGAACCGACAUCCUCCAUUUGGAAACCAGAUCAAAGAAGCUGUGAGCAGACUCCCUAAAUAUGAAGUUAGUCUAGAACAGCUUCCCCGUUACAGCGUCUCCUCAGCAGAGAUCGUUAUCACAGUCAGCUUAAAGAACUUUGAGGAGCUGAUGAUGAAAAGGACUGCACUGGACCUUCAUUAUGUCACACUUAUAAUUGGAGACUGUGACAACAGCAUGGUCUUCCAGCAGAAGAUAUCAGACACUGUCCUGCUGAAGUCUGGAAGCUGGUCGAGGAGGAUCGAGGUGACGAGAACGCCAGUCGGAGAUGAGAUCAGCAUCAAUUUAAUCAGCUCUGAGUACGUGGGAUUGGAUAUCCAACAGAAGUUCACUGCCUUCUACUCAGGAGCAAAGACGUUUAGAGCUUAUUCUCACAGAGCGGAGAGUCCAGCGUUAAGGAGAAACAUGAGAGAAAGCCCACAGAGAAACACUGACACUGAGAAACCUGCCAAAGCACGAGCUCCAGCGCAGAGAGAACGGAUUAAAACAGAUCCCGUGCAGACGGAUCCCAGCAAACGGCACUGUAACCAUUUUUGUAAGAACAAGCAGCUCUGUGGUCAUGAAUGCUGUAAAUUUGGUGUUCAGAAAAGGCUCAUAUGUCAAGAGCCCUCUUUCUCAUCAUAUCUCCAAGAUCUGAAGAUGAGGAACGAGAAACUCUUGGAGACCCCGGUCAAGCGCUUGAAGAUGAGGAUGAAGAGUGAGGAAGAGGCCAUCAACAUGCAGCGCUUCUCCUACACACCCAAACCACCGAUGCCUGCUGCUGCUACAUGGAUUCAGAAACGUCUUGCCACGCCUCAGCAGCAGGUGUAUUUUCAGCCACAUGACGACUCCAGUGAGAACGCUGAAGGGUUUUAUUCCGGCGCAAUGGAGGAUCAGGUCUUCCAGACGAGCGCUAACACGACAUCGGCCAAUGUUUCCAUGAGGAAAGAAGCAGCACAGAAAUCUCUGAGCAGAAUCCUUCCCACUGAAACCACGGCUCACGGCUCCGUCUCGCUCUCAGACCUCAAUACCGACAGCGACUUCUGCUCCGACGUCCUCAAUGUGAACUUUGACCUAGCGCUGGACGACUGGGAUGAUUUCAGUGAUGAGAACUUCACAACAGCAUGUGAGGAGUCGGAGCAUUAUGGGCGUGGCUCUGCUCCAACAAGAGAUCACCUGAUUUUAGUUCCUCUUGCCUGUGAGGAAGCUAAAGCAGUUCCACUGAGAACACCAACACCAUCAAGGCUUGGAUGUGCAGCUCGAACGCCACAAAAAAGCCCAGAAGUGACUUUUAUUACAAAGAGAGAGCGUCCGGACUUUUCCAUCAGCUUAGCAAAUCAGACGCUCAUGAAACAGAGAGAAAAUAAUAUCUCACUGACCGGACGACUGAAUCGGUUUACAACAAGGGAUUCGGCGGCUAAUGAGCAGCACAAAGGCACCGGCAGGAGUCAGACGGAUGAGGAGCGAGAGGUUGACAUGUUCCUCGGGAUAUUCGAUGGAAUUUUCUAGACUGUCUUGUGAUCGUUUUUAAAGUUUAUUUUUUACUAAAGUUAUUUACUCAUUCAUUAGAAAUGUUCUUUAUAUAUAUAUAUAAGAAAAAUGAUUUUCCUUGAAUUUGUUUGUUGAAAAACGCAAGCUCUUAACGUGUGAAUUGUUGUGAAGUUUGUAGUUUCCUGUUCAAAAGAAUUCAUUUAUUUAACUCACAGAAUUAUUCAUGCUUUUUGAGGUUAUGUUUUUAUACACC